AUGGAGAGAUAUAGUCAGUUCCGCGACAAAGGCACGGCGAUAGCGCCAUUCCUUCCCGUUCCUACCCCGCCAGUCGGCAUCAUCUGGUCACCAAUAUACCUCUUCCUCUUCUGCGUGCGCGCACCCUUUGUCGUGGCUUUCUCACUGUUAUACUUCGUAAUAUUGGAAUGGCUUCCUAUUGGGAGGAGGCUGAAGUAUGCGGUGCUAUGGCUGAUGCUAGGCAUCCCUGGUGUGUGGUGGGUGGAUUUGCAGGUUGAUGGUGUUAAGAGAGGACAACUACACUCUGCGAAAAACAACCUCCCCAAACCUGGCACGAUCAUCGCGUCCUCCUUCACAUCACCCCUCGAUCCGCUCUACCUCGCCGGUAUCUUCCAACCGAUUUUCACUCGCUCAUAUUCAGACCACCGAAAAGUCGAACGCAUAACGCUUCUGGGCGCCAUCCUUCACGCAUUCUCCCCGCCCGUCCUUUCUCCACCCGACUCCUCCAAACUCGUCUCACUCAAACAGCUCACCGACGAGAACCCGAACAGAAUAAUUUGCAUAUUUCCCGAGACUACUACAACAAACGGCAGAGGUAUCCUCCCGCUAUGCCCCAGUCUGCUGAGUGCAGAUGGCAAGACGAAGAUCUACCCUGUUAAUCUUCGGUACACGCCCCAAGAUGUCACAACUCCCGUUCCCGGUGGAUAUGCAUCGUGGUUCUGGGGCCUACUCAGCAAGCCGUCACAUCAAAUGCGAGUACGCAUCGCUUCGCGUGUAUACAACAGUAGCAGCCAGGACCAGCCCUCUCGUCCUACAUCGAGUUCGAAGCAAACACCGAUCAAGGCAUCAGGCUACGAUGCAAAUAUCUUCGAUCAACCUGACUUUAGAAACGGAGUCAGUGGCAAGCACGGGGAGGCUGGUGAUGGCAUGGAUGUUGAUGUUGGCGGCGCUGUGAACGACAUUGAUGGUUUUGUUAGCGAAGAUGAACAGAAGGUCCUCGAAAGGGUCGCGGAGGACUUGGCGAGGUUGGGCAGAGUCAAGAGGGAGGAAACGAUAGAUGAGGGAGGAGGUAGUGGAUCACGGAAAGGACAGGUCGGAUGGGUGGUUGAGACAGGAAGAUCGCUGACAUGUGGCUACAGGGAUGGCGGUUUCCUCUGUUUACCGUCCGAGCGCAGGCCCAAACAAUCGAUAUCCGACCUCCGCAACAGCAACGUCAACGACAACGACGACGCGCUUGUGCUUUCGGCCGCGCCAGGACAAGAUUCGAUUAUGGACGCUGCCAACGAAAACACUGGUACCACGAAGCGCUCAGGCAUUAAACCACCCUCGACCUUUUCCAACAUCACCUCAUCGCCGACUCGCGCCCUCGGCGAAUUGCACGAAGCCGGUGCCAACGCGCGAAGUGGAAUGCCGAUACCUACAGCGAAACACAAGCCCUCCGGCUGUACACUGCCCCUCUCCAUACCAGUAGCACCGGACAGGUCGCUAACUACACCAGUACCGGAGCCUGCUUUCAAGCAACGGAAGACUCUUGCAGAGCAGGCUGGCGAGCCCAUUUCUCGACUAAAGCCCCCGCCGUCUAAGAUAUCGAGUGGGAUCAAAAGCAUUGUACCGCGUGGACUCGCCGCGUCCACAUCGCGUGCCACUACGAAACCGACAGUGAGACAUCCUGCAGCCUCUACUCUCAGUGGCAGUGUGGGCGGAGCGCCUAAGGCUUCCGGGACUGUGAGACCCAAGUCGGCCUAUGGCCAUGGAAGCCAUGCUAGGAGCAAGUCCUAUCAGCAAGGGCCGCGCCCUGCGACAGCAAUGCUAAACCGAGAUGACGAUGACGACAGUGAGCAAGCAGAGCGCAAAGGUGUGCAACCAUUUCUUAUCUCUACAAACCCCUCCACCAGUGCAAGAGUGCCUGGUGGGAUGCCUUCUUAUCUGAAGAAGCGCACAAUCUCCCUCAAUAUAUCCCAACACAGGAUCGCUGGUACCUCAGGUCCACGAGCGGUUUCUUCUCCUUCCCACUUCCGCUCCGUCACUCCGGUCAUCGAAGAGCCUGCCGAUACAGACUGCGACGACAUCUGCACAGCGGUUGGCGCACUCACAUUGGGCGCGGCCAAGGCAGACGUGCGUGACAGUCAAAUUGGACGUGGUAUGACUUCUGACUACGGGACAAACCCUUUUCUCAAGCCAAAGAUACCUCCAUCUCAACUUCCCCAGCGUACGCCGACAAUGGCUCGGCAGCAACAAGUAGACCCGUCGCCGCUCCGGCCUCCAUCUAAUACACCGCGGAAAUCAGCACAAAAGCCCUUUCUGAAUCGCUUCACUAACGAUCGAUGUCCAGAUUUCUACAAUGAACGCAUGGAGGCUAUGGAACGAGACUUCCGCAUGUUCAAGGAGAAGAUGGAGACAGAUGUGCGACAGGCUACUGACUACAAGGAAUCGAUUCAGCAGCUUCAAAGUCGCGUCACGGAACUCGAAACUAUUCGCGCCCGUCUGGAAAUCGUAAACAAGGGCCUAGAGUCGGAGCUCGACGAUACACGAAGCUGCCUCAAGUCAGUAAAGAUGGAACUCGAGAUGAUGCAGCAGAAACACACAUACGAAGUUGAAGAUGUGCGGCGGAGACUACGCAUUGAGGUCGAGGAUCUGGAGUCGCGGCAUCGGAAAGACACAGACCGAAUGGAGAGAGAACGAGAUGAGGUCGAGAGGAAGACACGCCUCGAGCUCGAAGGACGAAUCGACAAACUGCUGAAAGAACACGACGAAGAACUUGCCGGCUUGCGGAAGAAACUGGACGCCGACACGGAAACAGAGCGAAGCAGGCGCGUACAAGAAGCACAAAAGAUCGAGGAGGAGUAUGGUUCAAAGCUUAGAGCAGCUGCGAUGGAAGCAGACGCAAAACACCGUGAGGCUCAAUUGGUCCAGGGCGAACUCACCAAUGUCAAGUCCGAGCUUGACCGAGAGAGGAUGCUCAAGAGUAGCCUUCAAGUUCAACUCACAGAAGCAACAAGCAACAACCUUACAUUGGACGCAGCGAACAAGGCGAUGAAGGAGAAGAUCGACUUCCUCGAGUCCGACAGCCAGGCCCAGUCGCAAGCUUUCAAUGACCUUCACAAACGAAUGCAAGAUGCGAUUGAAGCUGCUGAAAGAGCGCAAGACAAGCUUCGUCAAGAGGAAACACUACGCCGAAAACUUUUCAACCAGGUGCAGGAACUCAAGGGCAACAUCAGAGUUAUGUGUCGUGUGCGACCCGCUCAUGAAACCGAACGCAAUCCGGCGCAAAUCUCGUUCCCGGACAAUGAUACCGACAGCAAAGAAGUGGCAGUGCUUGGCCCAAGCAAGCAAAGCGCAACUGGCAAGGACAUUACAUCCGCCUAUGCGUACUCAUUUGACCGUGUAUUUGGCCCAGCGUCACAGAACAGCGAAGUUUUCGAGGAGAUCAGUCAGCUUGUACAAAGCGCUCUUGAUGGAUACAAUGUCUGCAUCUUCUGCUAUGGUCAAACAGGAGCUGGAAAAACACAUACCAUGUCGUCAGCUGACGGUAUGAUCCCCCGUGCCACAGCCCAGAUCUGGGAUGAAGCGCAGCGAUUGCAAGAGAAGGGUUGGAAAUACGAGAUGGAAGGCUCUUUCCUCGAAGUUUACAACGAGACGUACAAUGAUCUGCUCGGCCGCUCAGAGGAUCUAGACAAGAAGAAGGUCGAGGUGCGACAUGACGCGGCGAAAAAGCAAACGAACCUUGACGGUGCAGUCAGUGUGAAGCUCGACGGGCCAGGUCGCGUGGAGGAAAUCUUAGCGACCGCCGACAAGAAUAGGACUGUCGCUGCCACCAAGGCCAACAUGCGUUCCAGUCGAAGUCACUCUGUCUUCAUUCUGAAGCUUGUCGGUAUCAAUGAGAUUACUGGUGAAAGGAGCGAAGGCACGCUCAAUUUGGUCGAUCUUGCUGGCUCAGAGCGACUUGAACACUCUAAAGCUGAAGGUGCACGCCUCAAGGAGACACAAAACAUCAACAAGAGUUUGAGCUGUCUGGGAGAUGUCAUCAACGCUCUUGGAUCGGCAAAGGAAGGCACACAUGUGCCAUACAGAAACUCGAAGCUCACAUACCUCCUCCAAUACUCGUUGGGUGGCAAUUCAAAAACGCUCAUGUUCGUCAUGGUCAGCCCGCUACAAGCACAUCUUCAAGAGACAAUUACGAGUCUCAAAUUUGCAACUAAGGUUUACAACACGCACAUCGGAACGGCGAAGAAGCAGACCAAGACGUCGUAG